AUGUUCUUCAAAGCUAUUAUCACCGCUUCCGCAAUCGUUGGCCUUGCUGCCGCGGGGCCCUUCAGAACUAAUACCACCACAAGUGCCUGUCCCACCCUUUGCGUGGAUGCUAUUAAUGACUGUGGUGUCAUGUACGGGGCAUGCUAUCCUGUUUGCUCUCCUGAGCUGUAUCCUACACCACCGCCAUGCACUCGUAGCACACCAAUCACUACACCUACCAUCAGUCUUAUCACACCAACCCCUGAUCCCAUCACUAACUCGACUCUGUGA